AUGGCUCCAGCUGCUGCCGGAGAAAGGUCUUUAAAAGAGACACCCACAUGGGCUGUUGCCAUAGCCUGUGCAGUUUUCAUACUUAUUUCUAUAAUUAUAGAACAAGCAAUUCAUGCUCUUGGGAAGUGGUUCCAGAAACGCAAUAAGAAAGCUAUGCUAGAAGCUUUGGAGAAAAUAAAAGCUGAGCUCAUGCUUUUAGGAUUCAUAUCUCUGCUGCUUACGGUGGGCACAAGAUAUCUUCCAAAAAUAUGCAUCCCAGAAAAGUAUGGUAAUACGAUGCUACCAUGUGAGCUAGAGAGCAAGUAUAAAGAUGACAGACGACGAAAGUUACUUGAAUUUGCUGAAACCAUGAUAUGGCGUCGAGUUUUAGCCCCUAGUGGAGGAGAUUCCUCUGCUUGCUCAGAGGAUAAAGUGCCGCUGAUAUCUCCAUCUGGGAUGCACCAAUUGCACAUCUUCAUCUUUGUGCUUGCUGUUUUUCAUGUUGUGUACAGUGUCAUUACCAUGGCACUAGCGCAGGCCAAAAUGAAGAAAUGGAAAGCUUGGGAAUCAGAGACAUCGUCCUUGGAAUAUCAAUUCACAAAUGACCCUUCAAGGUUCAGGUUCAUUCGACAAACUUCGUUUAUAAAGCGUCAUUCAGGCUUUUCUACAAUGCCUGGAAUAAGAUGGAUUGUGGCAUUUUUCAGGCAAUUCUUUGGUUCAGUUACGAGGGUGGACUAUAUGACCAUGCGCCACGGAUUUAUCAAUGCACAUUUUGCUCCAAAUAGCAAAUUUGAUUUCCAUAAGUAUAUUAAGAGAUCCAUGGAAGAUGACUUCAAGGUCGUCGUGGGUAUUAGUAUACCACUAUGGAUUUUUGCCGUGGUGUUUUUGGUUCUAAAUGUUCACAAAUGGCACACGUUCACUUGGUUGUCAUUGGCGCCACUCGUUAUUCUUCUUUUAGUGGGUACAAAGCUUGAGCUUAUCAUCAUGGAGAUGGCUCAAGAAAUGCACGAUCGAACUACAGUGGUUAAAGGCACUCCCGUUGUAGAGCCAAGCAACAAGUUUUUUUGGUUUAAUCGCCCCGAGUGGAUUCUCCUCUUAAUUCAUUUCACAUUAUUCCAGAACGCUUUUCAAAUGGCGUAUUUCUUAUGGACAUCUUUGGAAUUUGGGUUGACAUCAUGCUUCCACGAAAACUUGCCUCUGAUACUGACAAGGGUUUUCCUUGGGGUAGCCCUACAGAUCCUAUGCAGUUACAUUACCUUCCCUCUUUAUGCUUUGAUUACACAAAUGGGAUCUCACAUGAAGAAAGCAAUUUUCGAGGAGCAAACGGCAAAAGCUCUUAAGAAUUGGCAGAAGGCUGCAAAGCAGAGAAAGAAGUUGAGGAAAGCUACAGGCGAUGCUUCUUCCUCAGGAUUUGUAAGUGGGGAAAAUACACCAAGCCAGGGUUCAUCCCCACUGCAUCUACUUCACAACCAAAAGCACAGGUCCAAUCAAUCUGACCUCGAAAGCGUCCUUAAUUCCCCAAGAUCGGUAUCUUAUCAAUCUGACACCGAUCUCUCGGAGAUGGAGGGCUCCGCACAUGAUGGGAAUGGUAUCAGAAGAUCAGAAGAUCAACCUGCAGCACUGAUCGCUUAG